CCACUCCUCCUAUGUCCUCCGAUCCUUCCAACUUUCUAGUGUGAGAAAGAGAGUAAAUAUAUAAUUUUAGAGAGAGAGAGAGAGAGAGUAUUUUGGGUGAGUCAUGUUGGGUGUUUUUAGCAGCUCAAUCAUGUCGCCGCCGGAGGAGCUUGUGGCAGCCGGCAGCCGUACUCCGUCACCGAAGACCACGGCGGCGGCGCUGGUCAACCGGUUCCUAGACGGUAACCCCUCCGGUGUUUCCAUACAGAUGGGAGACCAUGCCCAGUUAGCCUACACUCACCAAAACGAGUCGCCCUUACAGCCCAGAUCAUUUGCAGUCAAGGAUGAGAUAUUCUGCUUGUUUGAGGGAGCACUAGACAACUUGGGGAGUCUGAAGCAACAAUAUGGGCUUGCCAAGUCUGCGAAUGAAGUGGUGUUAGUCAUUGAGGCUUACAAGGCACUCCGUGACCGCGCACCUUACCCUCCUAACCAUGUUGUUGGCCACCUUAUUGGCAAUUUUGCUUUCAUUGUCUUUGACAAGUCCACCAACACCUUAUUUGUGGCUACUGAUCAAUUCGCUAAGGUUCCUCUGUAUUGGGGAAUCACUGCUGAUGGGUACGUGGCUUUCGCCAACGAUGCUGAGUUGCUUAAAGGAGCUUGUGGCAAGUCAUUGGCUUCCUUCCCUCAAGGAUGUUUCUUUUCCACAGCAGUUGGAGAACUGAGAAGCUAUGAGAAUCCUAAGAACAAGAUCACCGCUGUUCCCGCUACCGAGGAGGAAAUUUGGGGAGCAAAAUUCAUGGUGGAAGGGCCAACGUUUCUUACAGCCACAAAAUAGAAGAUUUAUGUCCGUCAACUUCACAACUUGCAUCUUUGUGGCAGAAAAGUGGGGUUUUAUAUGGCUGUGGAUGUGAUCCAAUGCAAUGGAAGAUGCACGUAGAUAAAAGUGUCGGUAGGAUGGAUAUGUAGUCAAUGUAAUAGGAUGCUGUAGGUUGGUCUGUUUGCUUCCUUGUGUAGUUGCUCUUCGCACAAGCGUUUUCUGCAACUUUUUUUUUUUUUUUUUUUCCCCUUUCCGGAGGUUAGUUUUCUGUAACUUUCGUCGGUGUAAAAAUGUUUCUUCUAGUAUAAUAAAGUUUGUAUUAUUAUUUAAAA